AUGUUCACGCCAGUUGUUUUUCUCUGUGCCUCAAUGUUCCAGGACAGCAAGGCUGAGGAGAAUGGCUCCGACAGUUUCAUGCACUCCAUGGACCCACAGCUGGAGCGGCAAAUGGAAACCACCGAGAACCUUGUGGACUCCUACAUGGCCAUUGUCAACAAGACCAUGUGGGACCUCAUGACCAAGGAGUUCAUCUUCUCAGAGCUGCUGUCCAACCUGUACUCACGUGGGGACCAGAAAACGCUGAUGGAAGAGUCGGCAGAGAAGGCACAGUGGCGCGACGAGAUGCUGCGCAUGUACCACGUGCUGAAGGAGGCACUCGGCAUCAUCGGCGACAUCAACACGACCACCAUCAGCACGCACAUGGGGGCCCGUGGACAACUCCUGCCUGCAGGUGCAGAGCGUCCUUGCCGGAUGCAGCUUCAUCAUCCUGCUUCAAGCAGUUUUCCUUCUCUAUCAGGCCUGGUGGCUGUUGUGUUGGGCUCCCCAAGGCGAGAGGUGGCCCUGGACAAGUGGGUUGGAAGACAGGGUGACCAGAGAAGAGGGAAGCCCAAAGGGGCUGAGCAUCAGUCUUAA